AUGUCGACUUCAUUAACUGUUGCUAUGGCGGAUUUGGAUAUUCCGGAAUUCCACGAGAGCUGGGGUCAAGUCAGUCAUUACCGCACAAACUUAACCUACAAAGCCAGCGAGCUUUAUGGUGGAAAGAUUGGGAGGGAGAGAAGAAGGCCGUCGGUGGAAUUCCUUCAGGAUCCGUGGGCCGUUGUCGUGCUCCGUGCUGCGUGCUGCGGCUGCGGACGGUUUGUGGUUUGUGUGCAACCUGCUCUUUUUUGGUUCCGUGGUUGCUGGUUGCUGCUGAUUGAGUUUCUUCUCGGUGGAAUCGGCAGUCAGGAGGGGCCAGUUGAUUGGGAGUCGUUAGUUACCCCCCACCUGGGAUUUUGCGAAAGAGAGAUCGAUCCAUGGAUGCAUCCUCUCAAGAUCCCCGACCUUAACUGUAAAAGGAUAGGCAGGGAGGAAGGAAGUAUUAUCUCCCGAUAUUCCAGGCAAACAGACAGUUAUCCAUACGGGCGACUCCACCGAACUACUGACUCGCAACAACAACGACGAAAGCCGCCCACUCCCGUAAACUCGAUCAGAAUCCGGACGAAGAUACUAGACUAUUGUUUGCCGAUGCGGAACGUUUGGAAGGGUUUUCAUUCGCAGAGAAGAAAGGACGGCAGGGCUGGAAAGUUUUCUCGGGGGGUCCGAUUGAGGGAGAAUUGGGCCAAGUCCAAGAGAAAAAUCGAAAGCCAAGUGCUCUAUCUCUCAUGCAUGAUCUGUCAAAUCGAGCUCGAUGCGAACAACAGCAGCAGUAGCAGCAGCAGCAGCAACAGCAACAGCACUAAACCACAUCCCAGGCAAGCUGUCAUCGUGACAAGCCCAGAUCAUCAUGACCGAUCACGAUCCUCAUCACGAUUUCCCCCAGGGCCAUCAGCACUGAUCACUGAUGAUCAGACGUCAUUCCCUCGCACCGAACAACCAGCUGGGCAUCCACUGAUUGGACCUGAGGCAAACAACCCCCCCGCAACGCCCACACGCCCCACGCCCUGCCCCGGCCACCUGGCGCCGUCGCACACAGCUCGCACCAUGGGACGACGAAAGCUGAAGGAGGGUUCCACAGCAUGA